AGGAAGGGACUGAUACAAGGUCCAUGUUGUAUGUAUAUCGUGCAACAAUAAACAUUUAUGAGUUAACCAACAACACACAUGUCUCGGUCGCCAAUAACCCCGAAACGAGGCGGCGACGGUGGCGGUUUAGGUCUCGCCGCCGUGGCGUACAUCGCCGUCGACUAUCUCCGGCACCUGUCACCGUCAUGGCACGAGCUACUCCAGCCUUUACUAUGGAUCAUACUCGCACUAAUCGCAAUCACACGUGUUCCUUUCUACAAACACUGGUCAGCCGAACUUCGUUCAGCUCUAGUAUUCGUGGCUGCUUUGGUCUUCAUGCUCUGCGCCUUACUCUAUGAAAUGAUCUCCGUUCGUUCCGUUACCGCCGUUCUCGGCCUCAACUGGCACCGGAGUACCCCUCCUCUUCCUGACACUGGACAGUGGAUCCUGUUGGGACUGAACGAGAAACUUCCUCAAGUGAUUGUAGAUAUAUUGAGAGCUCGAAUCGUUGGAUUGCAUCAUUACCUGAUGCUAUUUGUAAUGCUUGCUUUUUCUGUGCUGUUUGGCUCCAUAGAAGCUCCUGGUCUUGGGAUUGGUGCCCGGUACAUGUUCACUAUGGCAAUAGGACGGCUUUUGCGAGCCCUAAGUUUUGCAUCUACAAUUCUGCCAUCACCUCGACCUUGGUGUGCUGCAAGUCGGUUUGAUGUCCCUCAACAUCCACAUCGUUGGGCACAGAAAUUUUAUGUCCCGUAUGCUUCUGACUCCAAUGCUAUAAGAAAUGUCAUUCAUCAUGAUAUGGUGUAUGAUGGUGGUGUUGUGCAAGAUGAUGAAUAUAGACCAAAUUGGGGGUUGAUGAGCUUCCUUGCUGAUUUCCUCCGACCCGUUCCUUCGGGAGAGGCUGCAUGGAUUAAUUUGCUAAAGAAAGCGGGAGGCGGGUGCAAUGAUCUUCUAUACAGUGGGCACAUGCUUGUUGCGGUCCUUACAGCCAUGGCUUGGACGGAAGCAUACGGAGGUUUGAGCUCAGUGUUUAUAUGGAUGCUUGUAGCACAUAGUGCCCAGAGAGAAGUACGGGAAAGACAUCACUACACAGUAGACUGCAUUGUAGCAAUCUAUGUCGGGUUCAUGUUGUGGAAGAUGACUGGGUUUCUGUGGCCACUCAACAACAAAAAGUCGAGACUGAAGAGGCUUGAAAAGAUCGAGAGCAAGCUUUACCAAGCUGCAAAAGAUUCAGACUUGGACCAAGUGCGAGACCUCUUAAAACAAGUGGACUCCACCGCCAAGGAUCAAAUUGGGAAGGAGAGGGCUAUGCGAUUUUUUGCUGGUGGAACCGUCAUUUUUGCCCUUACAAUCGUCGUGUUGGCGUUUGUUUUAACCAGUGACGGGUAGGUGGUGGUUGUGUGAUUUUGUACCACGAACGAACACAGAUAAUAAUUGAACUUCAAUUGUUUUGUUGUAUUAGUUUUAGGACUUGCUGUUCUGCGUUUGUAAUUUGUAGCUUGGGAAACUUGAUGCUAUAAUAGGUAUGAGAAAUGGAAUGUGGUUAUCAAUAUACACGUGAAAUCAUUUUGUAA